UUCCGACCUUCCGAGCGCUUCCCGUCGCUUGGACUCUCCUAAUGCGGAAGGGUUAUCGCCCGCGCCCGCAUACAAAAGACGUACCUGAGUCCCCCUUGCUGGCGGAGAAGAAGCUUCUUCCCACCUAAACUCACCAUGGCUCCUCAUCCACUUGCUAUCCUCUCAGAGGAGGAGACUAACAUCGCCCGCGAUGUGGUUGUUGCCUCUCACCCCGACACUGUCAUCGAUUUCCGCGAGAUCUACCUGUUAGAACCCCCAAAGGAUCAGCUGCGCGACUUCCUCGCAUUGGAACAUGCUGGACGGCUGAGUCCGACCACGCCUCGCCCACCUCGUAUGGCCCUAUGCCAGUACGAUGUCAUCGGCUCCGAUCGAAUUCCUUCCUACCAGGAGUCUGCCGUGGAUGUAGGAUCGCGCAAGCGUGUCAAGCAUCACGUCGUUGGAAAGCAACAUCAUGCAGCGCUGACAGUGAGCGAAUUCGAUGUCCUUGUCGACCGUUGCUUUGCCUCCCCCCUGUUCAAGCAAGCUCUUGCUGAAUUCGACCUCCCCGAAGGCUUCGAAGUGGUGAUCGAGCCAUGGCCAUACGGUGGACUUGACUACGUCGAUGAGAACCGCCGAUUCUUCCAGGGUCUCUGCUUUGCGCGCGACAAAACCAAGAACAAUGCCGAUGCCAACUUUUACUCCUACCCAUUGCCUCUCAUUCCCGUCAUGGAUGCUCACACCCAGCAAAUCAUUCGAGUGGAUCGUCCUGCUACCGGAGGUAAAGGAGACGGUCUCCGUGAUCAAACCUUCAAGCGCGAUAUUAUCGGUCAUUGCAAGGGCUCGGAUUACGUACCGGAACUGCUGCCUGAGGGCACGCGCAAGGAUCUGAAGCCAUUGAACCUGGUGCAGCCCGAAGGGCCAUCCUUCCGCAUCACCAAUGAGUCCCUGGUCGAAUGGCAGAAGUGGCGUUUCCGCGUUGCAUUCAACCCUCGCGAGGGAGCCACUAUCCAUGAUGUCUGGUACGAUGGGCGCAGCGUUAUGUAUCGACUGGCGAUUAGUGAAAUGACCGUUCCCUAUGCCGAUCCUCGUCCUCCGUUCCACCGCAAGCAAGCGUUCGAUUUCGGUGAUGGUGGUGGCGGAAACAUGGCCAACAAUCUGUCCAUUGGCUGUGAUUGCCUGGGUGUGAUUAAAUACUUCGACGCUGUACUUACCGAGCCGGAUGGAUCCGCCAAGAAACUGCCCAAUGCUAUCUGCCUGCACGAACAGGACGGUGGCAUUGGCUGGAAACACUCCAAUUGGCGCACUGGACGAGCCGUGGUGACUCGCAACCGGGAGCUGGUGGUGCAAUUUAUCAUCACCUUGGCGAACUAUGAAUAUAUCUUUGCCUACAAGUUUGACCAGGCGGGUGGCAUUACGGUAGAGUCGCGUGCAACGGGCAUUCUGAACGUGGUCAACAUCGACGCCGGCAAGACCAGCGAAUAUGGCAACGUCGUCAGCGGAGGUGUCCUGGCUCAGAACCAUCAGCAUAUCUUUUGCGUUCGAAUGGACCCUGCCGUCGACGGAGCGGACAACUCGGUUGUCGUGGAGGAGUCGCACCCGGUGCCCAUGAACGAGGUUACAAAUCCUAACGGCAACUUCUACCAGGUGACGAACCAGACCAUCGAGCGCGCUGGCUGGUUCGACGCUGCUCCGGAUCUGAACCGAACUGUCAAAAUCAUCAACCCUCACCGCACGAACCCUAUCAGCGGGAAGCCUGUCGCAUACAAAUUCAUCCCCUUGGCGACCCAGAAGUUGCUGGCCGAUCCUAACUCGAUCCAGGCGAAGCGCGCCCAAUUCGCACAGCACCAUGUCUGGGUGACGAAGUACCGCGAUGGCGAGCUUUAUGCCGGCGGACGGUAUACCUUGCAGAGUCAAGAGGAGGUGGACGGGGUUGCUGACGCGGUGCGACGUGGCGACUCUGUCGCCGAUACCGACGUGGUGGUAUGGAGUUGCUUCGGGAUUACGCAUAAUCCUCGAGUAGAGGACUGGCCGGUGAUGCCCGUCGAGACAUUCCAGCUGAUGAUUCGACCAUCCGACUUCUUCACGGCCAACCCAGCGCUAGACGUUCCCUCGGACAAGAACGGGGCCUCGGUUGUCGUGGGUGGAGAUUGCUGCCGGAAUGCGCAUAUCUAAGUACUGACCUGGCUAAGUAUAUGGUGUGCCGGCUAUGAUUUACGAUCCUAUGUACAUUGUUUUUGAUUUUGGACAUGAUGUAAAUGAAAGAAUCGAUGAUUAUCUGUCGAGAUAAGAUAGAAAAUGAUAAGAUAAAGGAUGAUAAGAUAAGCAACGGUGAAAUUCCGCAUUGCGCUCGGAGCCUCGGAAAGCAGGAUUUGCUUCCUCAGCUUUCUCACUUUCCGGUCUGCCUGCCUAGCUUGCUCGGAACGCACACCAGACAGAACCUAAUCAACUCUACUGUUCCUCCCAUUUCCGAACUGAUUGCGCAACGGCCUGUUCGGCAUGGACAUCCUGUCUCCUAAACGCAGUGGCGAUGAUACCCCGGAACCGCCUCGGAGUAAGAAACGGGCUAAAUAUACCCAAGUAGCAUGGUGGGUUCUGUUGCCUGUUUGAUCAUAGCGCUGUGACAUGCUAAUCCGAGUAUAGUAAUGAAUGCAAGCGACGAAAACUUAAGUGUAGUGGCGACGCAGUUUGUACUCGCUGUGCUCGUGAUGACGUCGAGUGCAUUUAUACGGGGAAUGCGCACGCGGCAAACCAUGUUGCCUAUCCGGUGGAGGAGAAAAAUGAGGGGUAUGUUCACUGCUCGGGCCUGAUUUCUCUACUUGGUCGGUAAUGUUUGUCUAUUAGUUUGAGUACUCUUGUCCGCGCGGUCGAUUCUCAAGUCCAGUUGUUGCGACGGGAAAUGCGCGUCAUGGCGGCCCGGGUGAGGCAGAUCGAAUCGUCUUCUGUCACUGGGAGUACUGCCCCCAGCAUCAUUCCGGCCUCCGGGUCAACUGUCUCCUCCUCGUCGAAUAAUGCGGGUUUACAGCGCAUUAUGAAUCGCCCUCAGUCACCUUCUUACGUGGGGCCGACCAGCGCGGAGUUCGGGCUCACGGCCCGUCAGAAAUCAGUAGAUGAUAGCGAUGGGGAUGACCUGGCGUCUACGGCUGCGGCGAGCCCUGCUCCGCCGUCUGAUACGGAAGCCAUGUCUGCUGAUCCUUUGGGGUGUUUGGGGCUAGCGGAGGCCUUGCGUCUGGUAACGGUGUACGAGAAUACAGUUGGUUUGAUGUAUCCGUGCGUCGAUCUCGACAGCGUACGGGCCUAUGUCGCCGAGUACUAUCGAACCGAGGGACGUCCAGGGCCGACCUCUCCGGUAACGAUGGAUCAGGAUUGGUUCUUCGCGCGCGAUGUCGAGGUGCUGAAGAUUAUUCUGGCGACGGCGUUGCUGGCGGAGUCGCAUGGACGCAGCGAGAGGGCGGCGUUCCUGGCUGAUAGCGUGGAGGAUCGGUUUGCGACCCGAGUGAAGAUUGCAGAGGUCGAUAUGAAGGAGUUGUUGAUCUUGACGUUACUG